CAUUCAUCCCGUAUUCAAAAAACCGUGGAUGGGAUCAGGUCUCUCUCGCAACCACCGGAGCAGCGUCGCGCCCCAGCAGCAGCCGUCGGCGGCCCGCGUCAUCGCCGCCGACGGCUCGCUGACGGACUUCGCCACCGCCUCCUCCUCCCCCGUCAGCGUCUCCGACGUCCUCGCCGCAGGCAAUGCCGGCGCGGGCGGCCCCUUCUUCCUUUGCAGCUCCGACGCGCUCUACUUCGACGAGGACGUGCCGGCGCUCGGCGGCGGCGAGCUGCUCCGUCCCGGCCAGAUAUACUUCGUGCUUCCCCAGGCGAUGCUCGGGCGGCCCCUGUCGAGCGCCGACAUGGCGGCCAUGGCGGUGCGGGCUAGCGACGCGCUGGCGGCGAGAGCGCGGCCGCGUGGACGCGGCGCCGGCAUCAGGAAGGUGCGCGUCACGCCGGUGCAUGCUGAGGGCGGGCGCGGCGACAUGGACGCCCAGAUCAACGCGAAGCUCAACGAGAGGACCCUCGGGGAGUACUCUGUGAAAGCCUCUGGUAAUCCGGCGAAACUCGGCAAGAAGGUUGCCGUGGCGGCAUUUCCGCCGGCGAAGAAGGCCCUCAAGCCGCUCAGCACCAUCGAAGAAGAUGCGGAGUGAGGAAAUGCUCAAAAGAACAGCGCCAAGCGACGCCGAGUGAUAAAAAUGGAAGGAAAUUUCAAGAUUUGGUGAUAAGAUUUUUCUUUUUGUAUUGUUUUGAUAUUAACCAUUCUUGGAACAGUCUUGUUGGUGAGGAAAAUUCAAAAAGGUAGGAGUAGUAUAUAAGAAUGUCGGUUGGCUAAUUUGCCAUUGUACAUGUAUUUUGUAACAAAGGGAAAUGAAAUGCGGUCCUAUA